GGCCUUGGUUUCUAACCAUUCUGAGUAAAAAGAAAUGCCAUGACAUUAUGUGUGAUGAAAGUACAUCCUGGUUUCAGAAAUUUAAAGUUGAAAGCUUACAAUUUAAAAAUACAGAUCUUUUAGUUGAGGAGUACAAUUUAUAAUAAUUUGAGACCAAACCCAAGCAGAUUCAAGCUAAAUUCUCCUCAUUAAAGUGUUUUCUGGAAACCCUUUCCUACUAUCCAGCCAUCCAUAACAUUAGCAUCUUCCUCACUGUCAUGCUCAGCCUGUCCCAGCACAGAGCCCAGUGUGGGGCUCCAACCCACAGACCGCGAGAUCAUGACCUGAGCUGAAGUCGGACACUUAACUGACUGAGCCACCCAGGCUCCCCAGGACUUUUGACUUUAAAUAAACUUUUCCUAUCACUAGUCAGUCAUUGUUCUGUCACGAUUUUCUGUAUCAACAUUUCUGUUGUCAACUGUUCUCAGUUCCACUUUUCUGCCUGUCUUGUGUCACACCUGUUGGUCUCCUGCCCUCCUUGACCCAACACUUCCCUCUCUACCAUCAGACACAAGAUGCCUUGAAACCCCUCUGACUUGGUAAUUCUCCUGCUUGGAACAGCAUAUGGCUGUUCAGAUAUGCCUUGCUUUGAAGACCUUGACUUCAUGAAUCUUCCAUCUCACUGAUUUCUGUCUUCCAAAUUCUCAGAAGAUCCUAUAACGCAACAUGCACUGUAAUAUAUAAUUAUAUGCUUUUCAUCAAGAAACACUUUUUGAAACCUGCUACAAAGUAGGUAAAACUUUCUGAGUGCCUAAUACAAAGAGGUACAAGUUAGGUUUUUUCCUCAAGGUGUGUAUGUUUUUGUUGGGGUGAAUAGAGCCUAGGCAUAACGUGUUAAAUCAGUAUGAAAUAGUGGUGUUUGGAUUUGUUGACUAGACACCAUGUUCAGAAAAGCCACCGAAGCCUGGUGUGGCAGAGGCUGUGCUGUCUGCUAGCUCAGGGCCUUAUUCCUGUUUGUUCCUAAGGUGGCAGAAAUGUGCAGUCAUGCUGGAUUGAUUCUGUGGCUUGUGCUACAGUGAGGUCUUCAGGGGCUCAGAAAAAAGAGAUUUGUUAAACAUUCGGGUUUUGGGGAGAGAGACGUGCUAAGGUCCUGUCAGGUGACGGAGCUCAGUGCAAGACCUGAGGAAGCAGCCUGACGGGGAGACAGUGAACUGUCCAGGGCAGGGGUUUCUGCCAGCACCUAGAUCCUCUGCAUCUGUCCUUGGUCAUUUUUCUUCCUCUGUUGCCAGUAGGGCCCAGGUCUCCACUCCCCAUGUUCCCCAGUGAUAUUCACCCCAGAGCUUCCGCAGGGGGCUGUUAUGGGAACGUAGACUUUCAUUUCUCUUGGAUAAGUGCCUAGGCUUGAGAUUGCUGGAUUGUAUAUGAUAAAGAAGUACAAAUUUAUCUUUAUGACAGAUGCCACACUGUUUUCCAAAGUGGCUAUACCAUUUUGCUUUCCCUCUGUGAUGGGGGGGAGGGGGUCUAGUUACUGUGCACACAAGCUAGCCUCAAUUCUGUCUCAUUUAUGGUGCUUAAUGGUUUUAUCCACUUAUUUUCCAUUCUAAUAGGGUUGUAGUGGUACCUUUUCUGGUUUUAAUUUGCAUUUACCUAGUGACUAAUGAUGUUGAGCAUCUUUUCAUGUGUAUAUUUGGCAGCUGGAUGCCCUCCGGUAGUGUAAAAGUCUUUUACCCAUUUUCUAAAAUUUGGGUUAUUUUUUUCUUAUUGGGACUUGAACAUGUCUACAACAUGUAUUCUGGAUAUAAGUCCUUUAUUAGGUGUGAGGUUUGCAAAUAUUGUCUCCUAGCCAGUGGCUUGUCUUCUUUCAUUUCCUUCCUUCCUCCCUCCCUCCUUCCCUCCCUUCCACUUUUGAGAGGCAGAGAGAGAGGGAGACACAGAAUCUGAAGUAGGCUCCAGGCUCUGAACUGUCAGCACAGAGCCCAACGCAGGGCUUGAACUCACAAACCGAGAGAUCAUGACCUGAGCCAAAGUCGGACACUUAACUGACUGAGCCACCUAGGCACCCCAACAGUGUCUUUCACAGAGCAGAAGCUUUCUUACUUUGAUGGAGUCCAGUUUAUCAGUUUUUUUUUUUUAUGGGUUAUGUUUUUGUUUUCAUAUUUAAGAAAUCUUUCCCUAAUCCAAAGAUCUGUUCAACAUUAAUGUAUAGUAACGUGCAGUUGUUAGUAAUUGCUUUUGGCUCUUUCAUUGGUGUAAUUUUCAUUAACUGGUUUUUCACUACGCUAUUUCAUUAAGUAUAAAACACACCGUUUAAAAAAUGUAUUAUUGGGGCUCCUGGCUGCCUCAGUUGGUAGACCAUGAGGCUCUUGAUCUCGUGGUUGUAAGUUUGAGCACCACAUUGGGUGUGGAGGUUACUUAAAAAUAAAAAAUUCUAGGGCCACCUGGGUGGCUGUCAGUGGAGGGUCCAACUCUUUAUUUUGGCUCAGGUCAUUAUCGCGGGGUUGUGGGAUUGAGCCUGUGUGAGGCUCCAAGCUGAGCGUGGCUCCUGCUUGAGAUUCUCUCUUUAUCUCCUUCUGCCCCUCCCCCUGCUUGUACGUAUGCGUGUUCUCUCUCUAAAAUAAAAUACAUAUAUGUAUAUACACACACACAUAUAUAUAAAAGAUAAAAUUUAAAAAUGCUAAAAAAAUUGUACUAGUCAAGUAUAGUUGAUGUAUAAUGUUAGUUUCAGAUGUACACAGUGGUUCAACAACUGUGUACAUUUCUCAGUGCUCCCCACGAUAAGUGUAGUCAGUUACCAUACAAUGUUAUUACAAAAUUAUUGACUAUGUUCUGAGACACACCAUUUUUUAAUGAACCACUAAUAAAAAAAAAACCUAAAGCAGUGCUUAAACUUUGUUGUACUGUUGAACUGUUAGUUGUAAGGUGUAUCCAGAUUUCUGAGAUAAUAAAAUAUGAAUCUGUGAAAUACGGGUUGUUGUUUUUUUAGUUUUUGGUCCGGGGUUGGCUGUUGCCUUAGGUUUAUUCUGCGUGCUAUCAGAAUGGCAGAACCUGGGAUAUUGCUAAUUGCUGAGAAGGCAGGUCCACAUUGCUGAACAUGUUUGGGUGACUUCUCUGACUUGUGACAAGAGGGAAACCUGUACAAAUAGAGAGAGGGUGACAGAAGCUACAGAAUGUGUGUGGGGGCAUGAGAACACAAGCUUAGGAAGGGUGGGGUGAUCCGCUGUGGCAGCAAGAAUCCGUGUCUUAGAGAGAUCUAUGACACAGCCCAUCUCCCCUACAGCCGAUGCUGGGACCCAGCAUGAAGGUCCAGGUCUUAUCUUCCUCCUCAGUGACACUAGGGCCAGGUGUUCUGUGGUUCAGCACCUCAAGGGUCUGGAGACUGGCGAGACCAAAGACUUCAUGGCUGUCAGACCUUCACAAACCCAGCAAAUUUUUGGAUGUUAGAACAUUGCAUCGCUCCGUUGUCUUGCUCUUAUACAGAUGCCUGUUCUUAUGCCCCAAGCCUAUUGGAUUCCCCUAUGUUUGCCCCGAAGAGAAGUUCUGCGUGGUUGGUCUGCGUUCUGGCCUGGAACUCGUUCAGGAUUGUUGUAGCUCUUGAGGAACAGCCUCUUUCCUUACAACUUGUCACAUAGCGUAUUGGACACUUGCGUGUUAGAUAUCGAACAAAGCCAUACUGUUGUAGCCUCUGUAAAUACUCUACAAAAGUGCUUACUUCAUUCAAAAAUCAUUUACAUCGCUACCAUGAAGACGAAAUUGAUCAAGAGCUGGUGAUCCCUUGCCCAAACUGUGUAUUUUCCUCUCAACCCAAAGUUGUGGGAAGGCACUUCAGAAUGUUUCAUGCACCUGUCCGGAAAGUCCAGAACUACACAGUGAAUAUUUUAGGCGAACCUAAGUCUUCUAGGAGUGAUGUGAUAAGUUUUACAUGUUUAAAAUGUAACUUUUCAAACACUUUGUACUACAGUAUGAAGAAGCAUGUGCUGGUAGCCCAUUUUCACUACUUAAUUAACUCCUACUUUGGCCUGCGAACUGAGGAAACGGGUGAGCAACCGAAAACCGAUGAAAGUCUUUCUACUGAGAAGAUGCCACCGUCUGACAAGUACUAUUGUAAAAAGUGCAACGCCAAUGCCAGCAGCCAGGAUGCUUUAAUGUACCAUAUUUUGACUUCAGAUAUACACAGGGAUUUGGAAAAUAAACUCAGAUCUGUGAUCUCAGAACAUAUUAAGAAGCCCGGCCUUUUGAAGCAGAUGCACAUUGCUCCAAAGCCAGUGGCACCCUUGGCCGUGCCCCCAAACGGCGGAGCUCCGGGCAUCACAGCCACAUCUCCCUGCUUUCGUCUUGCCUUGCCUCAGAACAGCCAAAGCCAGACCGUCGUGCAGCCAGUGCAGGGCGCAGUCCAGCCAGUGACUGUGGCCUCGGGCACUUCUGGAAGCCUCACCCACUCUCCGCCUGCUGUUGCCCAGUCCCACGUGACCCUGGUCUCCAGUCCUCUGCCGGUGGGCCAGAGCAACCUCCCUCUGCCGCCCUCAGCCCCGCAGCCUGUCUUUCUUUCUCAUGGAGUCCCGCUUAAUCAGUCUGCAAAUCCUCCUGUGUUGCCCUUGAGUCAGCCAGUCGGACCUAUCAAUAAGUCUGUUGCAACUGGUGUCCUCCCCUUAAACCAGACCAUCCGCCCAGGGGCCGUAUCCCUUAGCCAGCCGGUCGGGCCCAUAAACAGACCAGUUGGGCCUGGAGUUCUUUCAGUAAACAGACCUGCUGGGCCUGGAGUUCUUCCUGUCAGUCCGUCCGUCACUCCCGGGGUUCUUCAGGCCGUCUCACCAGGGGUGAUUUCUGUGAGUCGGACAGUCCCGUCAGGGGUCCUGCCUGCAGGCCAGAUGACCCCUGCCGGGGUCAUCCCUUCGGGACAGACGGCAACUUCUGGGGUGCUUCCUGCGGGCCAGAUGGUCCAGUCAGGGGUUCUCCCCAUUGGCCAGACGGCCCCAUCGGGGGUUCUCCCCGCUGGGCUGACGGCCCCCUCGCGGGUUCUGUCUGCGGGCCAGACGGUCCCGCUGAGGGUUCUGCCUGCAGGCCAGGUCGUCCCACCGGGGCUCCUUUCUCCCAACCAGACGGUCUCGUCGGGUGUUCUCCCUGUGAACCAGGGUAUUAAUUCCGGUGUUCUGCAGCUCAGCCAGCCUGUCAUGUCAGGAGUGCUGCCUGUGGGCCAGCCAGUGAGGCCUGGCGUCCUGCAACUGAAUCAGCCUGUGAGCACCAACAUCCUGCCUGCAGGUCAGCCAGUUAGACCUGGCGCUUCUCAGAACACCACUUUCCUCACGUCAGGCUCUAUUCUCAGACAGCUGAUACCUACAGGGAAACAGGUGAAUGGGAUUCCCACGUACACACUUGCCCCCGUAUCUGUCACUUUGCCUGUGCCUCCAGGAGGUGUUGCAACUGUCCCCCCACCCCAGGUGCCCAUCCAGCUCCUGCAGUCGGGCACAGCUGCGCAGAUGGCCAGUUCCAUGGCCAGCAUGCCCUCUCCUCCAGUGGUGGUAAAUGCCACUCAGAAUAUGUUUGUUCAGGCGUCUCCAUCUGUGGCAGAGGCCAGUCAGGCGCUCAAACAGGCGAAGCAGUGGAAAACCUGUCCGGUCUGUAAUGAGCUCUUCCCUUCCAAUGUCUACCAGGUUCAUAUGGAAGUGGCUCAUAAGCAUAGUGAGUCCAAAUCUGCUGAAAAACUGGAGCCUGAAAAGCUGGCAGCGUGUGCGCCGUUUUUAAAGUGGAUGAGAGAGAAGACCGUUCGCUGUCUCUCUUGUAAGUGCUUAGUGUCCGAGGAGGAGCUUAUCCAUCACUUGCUCAUGCACGGCCUGGGGUGCUUGUUCUGUCCGUGCACUUUUCAUGACAUUAAAGGUCUUUCGGAGCACAGUAGGACUGUGCACCGAGGGAAGAAGAAGUUACCUGUGGAUUAUAGUAACAAAGGUUUUCAAUUGGAUAUCGAUGCUAAUGGCAACCUGCUGUUUCCCCAUCUUGACUUCAUUACCAUAUUGCCAAAGGAGGAGCUUGGGGAGCGGGAAGUCUACUUGGCGAUACUGGCGGGGAUACACUCCAAGUCACUGGUGCCUGUGUAUAUAAAGGUGAGGCCCCAGACGGAGGGCGCCUCUGGGAGCCCCAGCAAACAGGCUCUGACUUGCCCCUUUUGCUUUGGCACCUUUGUGACGACGGAGGCAUACGAGCUGCAUUUGAAGGAGAGGCACCACAUCACACCAACGGUCCACACCAUCCUGAAGUCUCCGGCCUUCAAGUGCAUCCACUGCUGUGGGGUCUACACGGGCAACAUGACCCUGGCAGCCAUCGCCAUCCACCUGCUGCGCUGCAGGAGUGCCCCAAAGGACAGCAGCUCAGACCUCCAGAUCCAGCCUAGUUUUAUUGAGAACAGCGAGCUGCUCUUGGUGAAUGGGGAAGUGAUCCACGACUCCAGUUUUUCUGUGAAGAGGAAGCUGCCCGAUGGCCACUUUGGGACAGAAGACCAGAGGGACGUGGAGGAGCGGCCCCUCGUCAUAAACACCGACGCAGCCCCGGCUCCCGAAAAGGUGACGAGUGCGGUGCCUUUUAAAAGACAAAGGAAUGAAAUCAGGACAGAGGGACCGCUCAUUAGUGAGGAUGCCCUUCAGAUUUUAGCAUUAAAUCCUAAAAAAUAUGAAGACCGUUCUUACGAGGAAAAAAAGCAAUUUCUUAGAGAUUAUUUCCACAAGAGACCAUAUCCUAGUAAAAAGGAAAUAGAACUUCUUUCCUCACUCUUGUGGGUGUGGAAGAUUGAUGUGGCUUCAUUUUUUGGAAAAAGAAGAUACAUUUGCAUGAAAGCAAUAAAAAAUCACAAGCCUUCUGUGCUUUUAGGCUUUGAUAUGUCUGAACUUAAAAACGUUAAACACAGAUUGAACUUUGAGUUUGAGCCACAAAACUUGUAAAAAAAAAAAAAAAGAAAUAGGAAAUCUGAAGUACUAGAUAUUUAGUAGUUUUUUCAAUUGAGAUUUAAAAAAAUGUUAUUUUCUUCACUGUAUGUUGAACUAAUCAAUUUCAGUGGUCUUUAUGCUGCUCUUUAGAUUUAUUUCAGGUGCUCAGAAAGAAAGACUUCUAUAUAAAAGAAGUGAAUAGUUGUUUCGGAUUUAUUGUUUCCUGCAGUUUGAUUUUGUAACAAUUAUUUUUAGUUCUUCCCUGUCAUGUAAAUUAAAUCCUUGGCUCUUUCAUGCACGUCUUGUUUCCUCGUAGUGUCAGUAUCGUAGGAUGAAAACUGAAACCUGUAUGUUUGUGUUUUCAUUUAAGGAAAUUUCAGCUUGUUUCAGAAUACUUGAUUAACUGCAUUGAUCUCCCUCAGUUAGCUUCACGUGUAGCAGCAAACGGUAAGCGCCGAGGCUGACAGAAGUGAGUACACACCCCUGUGAUGUGUGUGCUUCCCUCAGGACGCACUGCGUUAACUUGCGCUGGUUUCUUCUUCUCAAGGUACUUGCUUUCUAGAUUGUGAUUCUGAUUUACAUUUUUUCAAGUUUGUCCUAGCUGCUGUCUUUUAUUACAACUCAUAGAAAACCAAAUGUUUUCCUUUGUUAAAAAUAUACUGAACCUGAAGCUUGCUAUUUAGCUCGUUAAGAGUUAUUUUCAAAUAAAGCAGUUUUGUAGGUGCGGAAAUCCUUUUUAGUGUGGACUUCUCCCCUUUUUGAUAUGGUGGUAAGUCAUUUCCCCGUUCAAAAGUAAGACAAUACAUUUUUAGUGCCUUUAGAAUAAAUGCUGAACACACACUCAGACUCUCCUCCCAAUCCAACUCUUCAUAAACCAGUGAAAGGAAAGGACCAUGUGACUCAGGAAUAAAAUUUUUACCCCUGAGUGUGAAAGCUAACUAGAGUGUAGACAUAGGUUUUCAGAGAACGAAGUGAAAUGAGUAGAGCAAGAGCUGUAUCUGUGUUGCCGUAUUACAUCUUUGACAGUUUUCUAGAGGUAAACGUACUUGUUCUGGGGAGAUGGGCUUUCCUCUAGCCCAGUUGUCUGGGUUAAUGGGGUGGGGAUUGCUGAAGAACUCCACUGUAUUACUGUCCUUUGGACAGUUAAACCUCCAGGGUUUUUUUCCACACACAGAAUAACUAAAAGCACCAGAGCCAGCAAUGGAGACCAGCCAGUUUUGACCUUAAAUCAUAUUCCUGGUGGUACCCAGCAGAGGCACCUGUCCGACGUACUCAGAGGAUAUAACGGUCUCUGGGAAAUAAGACCAUGUUACUCUGUGGAUUUUAAAAAGUAGAAUUCUUGCAUGUAAUUGCUAUAAUGUGCAUUUUUGAGGCAAUUGUGAAACUGGUCUGUGAUUGUUGGUGUACUCUGUUGUAAAUCCAAAAAGAGCUUGUUGAAGUUUAUUUUUUUUUUAACCUGUUGUUUCAGAGUGUCUAUUUUGAAUUAAAAUUUGUUAUACCACUGCAAACAGAA